AUGCAUGAUCCUUACAAAUGUGGCACAACUUAAAAGGCAAAUUAACAGGCUUUCAAAAGAUAUAAGAAGCAUUGUAUAGACAAAUAUAUAGGAAUUUAUAUGUGUAUUUGCAAUAAUACAAAUACAAAUAAAUAAAUGUGUAUUUGCAAUAGGUGUGUAUUUAUUUGUGUUAUAAGUGAUUUUACAGUAGGUGUGUUGAUGCAGAUGAUGUAAAUCUUUUACAGAUCAGCUGCAUGAAGUCUGCCAGUCAGCAGUUUGCCCCUGUGUUGAUCACAAGUCUGGGGGUCAAAGAUCACAGAAUCUCGCCUCUGCUCGUCAACAACUCUCAAGAUGCUGAAAGCACCACACGYGCUCCUGCUCGUCUGCCUUGUUGGGGCAACGGAGGCUCUUUACAAACAGUGGAUCCCUGACACCAACUAUGAGAACAAAACCAACUGGGACAAGGGAGAUGUUCCGUGUGGCAGCGACACAGUUCAGUUUCCGGCUCAGGGUAAAGUGUCUGUGUUCGUGGAGAUCACUCAUGCUGUGCAGGACCUGCUGCUGCCCGUCGACGGAGAGCUCAUACUGAAUUCAGGGGCUGGAUUUUACGUCGGUCAAGACCCCGGCUGUGGAGCAGGCGUGAGAGCCAUGUUCAAAGAUUCCGACUCUCUUCAGUGGUUCGAUCCGGCUCUGUGGCAGGCCGCUGCCACUCUGAAUGACCUGCAGCACGGAAGUUUCCUGUUCGCGGUGCACGAGGAGAGCGUGCCCUGUCAGCACGAUGACGUCGUUUUCAAAGAUCUCUCCUCUUUCCGCGUGGACACCAGCUGCGGCCAGUCCACCAUCCCCGUCAAAUCUGUGUCUGUGCUCGGGGAGGUGUUCAGCAGCAGGUCUGAGUUCUCCCAGUAUCUCAGCUCGAGCUCGGGCCACCUGCAGUUUCACGGGUCCUCAGCUGUCACAGCUGGAAACCCAGGCUGCGGGGAUCCCACCGGCUGCGACUGUGGGAACUCUGUGAACCAUCAGAGGAUUUGUAGCUCAGUGACUUGUGCCUCUCCAAGCUGUAAAAUGCCUCUCCUUCCCGUGGGACACUGCUGUCACGUGUGUGGUGCCAUCAUUACCAUCAGUUAUGCUGAAGGCUUCAACCUGCAGAGUUACAGGGACCGAAUCAAACACCUUUUUCUCACCCAGCCACAAUAUGCGUCCAUCCAGCUGGGCAUGUCGAAAGUCUUAAAGCCGCAGCGUUUAAUGGGGGUGAUCCCUUUUGGUACCUCACCUGAGAUCCAGGUGCUCAUUGUGGAUGGAGAGACGGGGAAACUGUCAGAGGAUCUGGCCCAGAACAUCAUAAACGAUGCUCAAUCUCACGGCUCUAAUCUGGGAAUCACAAAGGCUGAAUUUCAAGCCUCCUCCGGGAACACCAGCACUCCUAAAACCAAUGCAGGGAUGGUGGUUGGAGUUGUGUUCACAGCUUUGGUUCUGAUCACACUCAUCCUUCUCUUCGUCGUGCUGAUUCGGAAGGGUGUGGUGCAAAURCCACCCAUGCCUUCAGUGCCAUCUCUGAGCUCCUUCAGGAGGAACCCGGUUGUUGGAGACAGCAGCGGGGGGGUUAAUCACGGUUUCGAUAACCCGAUGUUUGAUCAACCCGACAUGCUGAGUGACAUUCCCGGCCUGUACGAGUCUGACCGUAACACCAUCGCCAUGACUAGCACAGGUGUGCACUUUGUAAAUCCAGUUUAUGAUGAGAAUCCGUCCGAUUUUUCAGUUUAAAGCUGACCUUCACACGCAUCACAGAUGAAAUGUUAACUUGCGUUAGUAUGAGGACUUUGCAGUUCAUGGGUUUAUAGCAGUUGAACAUUGUCAAUGAUCAUAAAUUGUAGUCAGACGAUAACAUUUUUAAUUAYCAAAUAAACUUUGAGGACAAAUAAACUGUGAA